AUGGACAGGGAAAAUUGUUCUUUGAAAGAAUUCAUUUUGAUGGGAAUUACUGAUAACCCUGAGAUGAAACUGACCCUAUUUAUGAUAUUUCUACUUGUUUACCAUAUUAAUCUUCUUGGAAACCUUGGAAUGAUCUUCUUGAUUAGAGUGGAUCCCCAACUUCAUACACCCAUGUACUUUUUCCUCAGCCACCUCUCUUUCUGUGACCUCUGCUAUUCCACAGCAAUUGGGCCCAAGAUGCUGGUCGACAUAUUUGCUAAGAACAAGUCAAUUCCGUUCUUUGCCUGUGCUCUGCAGUUCUUCAUCUCCUGCACCUUUGUAGAUUCGGAGUGCAUCCUGCUGGCAGUGAUGGCCUUCGACAGAUACAAAGCCAUCAGCAACCCCUUGCACUACACAGUAGACAUGUCCAGCAGGAUUUGUUCUGUGCUUUUAGCUGGGGUUUACCUGGUGGGAACAGCAGAUUCUUUGAUACAUACAACAUUGACCUUUCGCUUAUGUUUCUGUGGGUCUAAUGAGAUUAAUCAUUUCUUCUGUGACAUCCCUCCUAUCCUAUUACUGUCUUGCUCUGACACACAGGUCAAUGAGUUAGCGAUAUUCACCAUUUUUGGUUUCAUUGAACUGAGUACCAUUUGUGGAGUCCUGGUCUCUUAUGGCUACAUCAUCUCAUCAGUCUUAAUGAUCCGCUCUGCUGAGGGGAGGCUCAAAGCUUUCUCUACCUGUGCCUCCCACUUAACUGCAGUUGCAAUUUUCCAGGGAACUGUGCUCUUCAUGUAUUUCAGGCCAAGUUCUUCCUACUCUCUAGAUCAAGAUAAAAUUAGCUCAUUGUUCUACACCCUUGUGAUUCCCAUGCUGAACCCUCUGAUUUAUAGCCUACGGAACAAGGAUGUAAAAGAGGCCUUACAAAAAGUGAAAAAUAAAAUGCAGCUUUAA